AUGGCACCUUAUAUCUCUGCAAAGCGUAAGGGUAUUCAUAUUACAAAUCUUACUAGAACUGCUCGUUUUUUAUCAGAAGCGUGUGAUUUGGUUUUUGAUGCAGCAAGUAGGAGAAAACAAUUCUUAAUUGUUGGUACCAAAAAUAAAGCAGCUGAUCCAGUAGCGCGGGCUGCAAUAAGAGCUCGGUGUCAUUAUGUUAAUAAAAAAUGGCUAGGCGGCCUUUUAACGAAUUGGUCCACUACAGAAAUGAGACUUCAAAAGUUCAGGGACUUGAGAAUGGAACAAAAGACAGGGGGAAUCCACCGCCUUCCGAAAGGGGAUGCGGCUCGAUUAAAGAGACAGUUAUUUCACUUGCAAACAUAUUUGGGCGGGAUUAAAUAUAUGACAGGGUUACCCGAUAUUGUAAUAAUCGUUGAUCAGCAAGAAGAAUAUAUGGCUCUUCAAGAAUGUUCAGCCAUUGUAACUGUUCGGAAUCCACAAACCAUUCCUACUGACGGUCAGAAUUUCUUCGAAUAUAUCCUUGAAUUUAUUCGAGAUGUGAGCAAAACCCAGAUUGGAGAGGAAUAUGGUCCAUGGGAACUUAUCAUGAAUCCAUUGAUUUCUGCCGCUUCCGUUAUUGCUGCUGGGUUGGCCGUUGGGCUUGCUUCUAUUGGACCUGGGGUUGGUCAAGGUACUGCUGCGGGCCAAGCUGUAGAAGGUAUCGCGAGACAACCCGAGGCAGAGGGGAAAAUACGAGGUACUUUAUUGCUUAGUCUGGCUUUUAUGGAAGCUUUAACAAUUUAUGGACUGGUUGUAGCAUUAGCACUUUUAUUUGCGAAUCCUUUUGUUUAA